AUGAGCACAGAUGGACAACCGCACCGCAUUAUACCCGCGAGCCGGCGUAGAGACAAACCCAUCUUGUCCUGCACCCUCUGUCGUCGAAGGAAGUUGAAAUGUGAUCGAAACCAGCCAUGCAAAACAUGUGUCGAUCGGGGCCUUUCGCUUUCAUGCACAUACCUUCGGCAACCCGCGGCACCCCAGGAACCUAAAGCACCCAAUAGUGUUCAUGAUCGCAUCGAUCAGCUUGAGAAGCUCGUUACGUCCCUGAUGGGCGGGAAAGAGACCGAUAGUGGUAGUCCUGCGCUCUCUACCUUAUCGUACCUCGAGCAGUAUGGCGACGAUAAUACCGAGAUCCCAGGCACUCCGGAUCGUGUGAAAUUUAGCGGUGACACCACGAGCUACACGAACAGUGGUCAUUGGACGAGUAUAUUGGAUGGAAUUUCAGAACUAAGAGAGCACCUGGAUCAAAUACCUACCUCAGCCAGCGCAAAGGAUGACAAUAAAGUAGAAAUUUGCGGCCCAGAUUUACUUUUUGGCGGUCAAAGACAUGCAACCAAGCAAGAGCUACUUGCUGCUCUACCUCCCCGCGCCGAUGUGGAUCUGCUAAUUGACACCUUUUUCGCGUCUAUGGACACAGCCCCUGGUAAGCCAACUUUUCUUAGAGAGUACAACGACUUCUGGACUCAGCCCUUCGAGACUCCUACCAUGUGGUUGGGGCUGCUCUACGCUAUCCUCGCCCUUGGUUCGCGUUUCCAGUCAACAUUUGAAGGACAUGGGCCCGCUCUCCAAGGCGAUCCAACGACUUCUUUAUAUACCGCUCGCAUGGACUACUAUCGCGAAAAGGUUGUACAGUGCCUCAUUCUUGCCAACUACACCAAAUGUCCACCAUACACCGUAGAAGCUUUCUUGCUGUACUUUGGUACUGAGUAUCUACGGUCAGCGGACACACAAUUCAGCAUGACUUUGAUUGUGGGCAUGGUCACACGUAUCGCCUUUCGAAUGGGCUACCAUAGAGAGCCGUCGCGAUUUCCCAACAUCUCGCCAUUCAGGGCGGAAAUGCGGCGCAGAACGUGGAUGGUCGUCAUGUCGCUCGAUCUCGUCACAUCUUCGUGUAUUGGCCUGCCACGAAUCAUCCAACCUUUCAUGUACGACAUUCAAGAGCCUCGCAACCUGAUGGAAGAGGACCUGUUUGAAGAUAUUGCCGAACUGCCGCCGUCGAGACCGGAAACCGAGCUGACUCAGCUACUCUAUUCUAUAAUGCUGACUCGAGUGAGAAAUGCCCAUGCGAAAGUCAUGGACUUGAUGAACGCGACCUCUCAGCCACAGUAUCGGGAGAUUAUGGAUCUUGAUGCAGUGCUACGACACGUGUAUGACAGAGUACCAGAGUCUGCGAAGGCCAUGCCCGCGGAGAGCUUCGACAGCGCUAUAUCGCCAGCCUCUAUGCGCCGCUUAUACUUGGGUUUGUCUUUCUUGAAAGCGGAACUCAUGCUACACCGACCGUAUCUUAUCCUUGGUCGCACCGAUCUAAAGUAUGAGUACUCUCGACGAGUAUGUCUCAAUGCCGCGCUUGAAAUGCUAGUCUUUCAGCGCAAGCUCGAUUCUGAGAUACAACCGGGUGGGAAGCUUUGGUCGCCCGGCUGGCAGAUAGUCGUGGCUCAAGAUUUUCUCCUCGCGACCACAGUCUUGAUCUUAGAUCUCGACGAAGAGUUAGUCGCGCCACUCCAGUCUACUAUCGAAGUAGCGAGAAGCGGGCUUCAACUAGACCGCGCGCCACCCACACGGAAGGAAAUCAUCGACACUCUGCAGGACGCACAUCGAAUAUGGCAGAAGGCGAGCAAGCGAUCGAACGAGGCUCGCAAAGUGGCUGCGGCUGUUAGGCUGGUUCUCCGCAAAGCAGAAGAUCAUGUAAACCAGCCAACGAAUGGCCUGAAUGCAAAUCCUGCACCAGAACAACACGAACACACUUCGACACCGUCUUCCUUUGACUUCAAUGAUUUCGCCACUCAACCCUCCGGCCCCGAAACGUUCGCCGUGGAUAACUCCAUGUAUACGAGUCAAUUCGGGCUAGACGAUAUGCCUAUGGACUUGGCAUCUUUCGCAGAAACAUUCAACUGGGUACGUUUACAUCUGUGA